ACCACGAUCGCACCCGCCUCGCCCGCGCGCGCGUGACUCUGCCCGCCGUCGAUCAGAUGAGUGUGUCAGGGUCGGAGAGCGGGGCCUCGGCCAACAAGCCCAAGUAUUCUAAAUUCACGCAGCAGGAGCUCCCGGCAUGCAAGCCGUUGCUAACUCCCGGAAUCGUCAUAGGCGCCUUCUCGCUCAUCGGCAUCAUCUUCGUCCCGAUAGGGCUCGCGUCCCUGUCAGCGUCGCAGGAGAUUGUUGAAUUGAUAGAUCGAUACGAUGAGGAGUGUGUUACCGCCAGCGACAAGAUCGGGUUCAUCCAGGACUCCAAGGCCAACAAGGCGUGCACCAGAAAGAUCACGGUGCCCAAGCCGAUGAAAGGCCCCAUACACGUCUACUACCAGCUGGAGAACUUCUACCAGAACCACCGGCGGUACGUCAAGAGCCGGAGCGACCAGCAGCUGCGCGACAAGGACUACAAGGACCCUAAGGCGGUGAUCAAGGCCUGCGACCCAGAGGCCACCACC